AUGCGCCUGAUCCACGUCGUCUUGGUGGCCGUAGCUGCGCUCGUCGCCGGCAGCGAUGCAGCACGGGAUUCCGCGGACAUUUCCAAAGCUGAUGGCGCCACGACGAAGCGCUCCCUCAGGACAGAAGAUGCUGCGAGCAAGCACGUUGAAACGGCCGAACGACGCCUUGUGAACAUCGACCUCAUUCUCCAAGAUGCCAUGUCCUCCGUCAAGAAAGCUGUAAAGUGGAAGCUCCAGUUUGCGGUGUGGAAGGCAAUGCGCAAGACUCCAGUGACGUUAGCUCAAGAACUGGGGAUCAUGAACAGGGGCCACGCCAAGUGGGAGAAGCUCAAGGCUUACCAGAAGUACUACGGCAGGGGACCGCUGAAAUAUCCGUGAUGUCUCUUUGUGGUCUGCUGGACUUCAAUAUCGAAUCGUUCAGCAAAAAAGGUGACAUCACAAAGUACAACAGUUUUGUAGUGCGGUAGUCCUAAAUACAAUAGGGCUGCUGGUAGCCCACUGGGUAAAGGUCCCAGGAAGUACGCUCU